AUGUUUCUGACGUUUUGCUUUGUUGCAGAAAGGAAAACAAAACACUUUCCGCGACAAAUUCGCAAAGUUUUGUGCAAAUUUCCGCAUUUUCUUGUGAAAAUUAAUUAGUUAUACCGUAAAAGCAGUAAUUAAACGUAGGUGAACAACCAUGGGAUCAAAUCCGCAAGAAGAAUUGGAACUGCUGGAGCGUGUCCUGCUGCGUUUGGGCUGUGCCGACACGGACGAGCAGCUGCAGAACACGGUGACCAAGUUCCUGACGCCGGUGCUGAUCAAGAUCACCUCCCCUUCGGAAGCGGUCCGCAAGAAGGUGAUGGAAAUCCUGACGCACAUCAACAAGCGGCUCAAGUCCCGGAAUCAGAUCCAGCUGCCGCUGGGGCCCCUGCUGCAGCAGUACCAGCAGUCCAGUUCGACGUUUUUGAUUAAUUUUGCAAUCAUCUACGUGACGAUGGGAUUCCCUCGGCUAACGGUGGAGGAACAAACGGAAAUGGCUCCGCAGCUGAUGAACUGCUUAGAGGGAAAGCCAGAGCCGCAUCAAGACAAAAUCUUGAUGCUGGUGCUUCCCCUGUUGGGAGAGAUAAAAAUCCCAGAGAAUCCUGAAAAUCGUUCGGAAUUACUAGGUCUGUCGGGAAAACCGCACACCAAGCAACAGUUACUAUCCAUUUUGAUGGACGUUCUGCUGUUACCGUACGGAACUACUCAAGACGGUGAGGUCCCCCCUGGGAUGAGUACCUAUUCCUUCAAACGGGUUACGACCGAGCAACUGAAGGCGGAAGAGUUGGAACAGCUAAAGAAGGGCAUCGUGCGGUUUCUGUGCGCAGGGAUCUUCCCCGAGACUGAAAUGUUGGCGCAUUUGAUUGUGGCAUCGGCGGAUACGCGAUUCUCGGUGGCCACCCCGGCCAUUGUGGAGCUGAAUAAGAUUUGCUCGUCACUCGAUUGGACGGAUCCGAAGCUGUCGGCUCCACUUUACACUUUGUUCUCGGGAAAUGGUUCCAAAAUUCCGGAUCGCAAGACGAGUCCCGUGAGCACCAGAGUCCGGCAGAAGUUGUUCCAACAUUUGCUCAAGUGUCGUGGCAAUGGAAUUAUCACCGCCAAGGGGAUCCAGGUCAUCUUCGAAGCGUUGUUCGGGGAAAAUACCAACCAAAAGUGCAAGGUUCUGGCUCUCCAAUUUGCGGAAAAGUUGAUCACCAAUGGACAACCCGAAUUGAUCAACAAGCUGUCCAAGGUGCUGUUGACUGGAAUUUCCAAGCUGAUCGGUACAUCAUCGGAGGAGGUGAACGAAGUCCAAAAUGCGGCCUACAACGCCUUGGCUCAACUGGCAAUCGUGUGUCCAACGACGGUCAAUCAGGAUGUUCAGCUGGUGGCUUCCUAUUUCGAUCAUCUCUUGCAGGCUCCGGUGGAGUUACAUUCCUCUAUUCGAGAAGCACUGGUAGCUGUGGCUCAAGCGUUCGACUGGCGCAAGCAACCCAAGGGUGUGGCUGGGAACUCGGAAUUACCCAAAGGAGAAAAUGAUCACGUAAUGACUGCCAAUGGUAGGUUUAUUCCAAACUCCAAUCAAAUUCUUCUAUUAGGAUUGCUUGGCGAGAAAGCCGAAUCCAAGUUGACGAUCGUGCAGAACGUGGCUUCGGUGUUCUUGAUGACUUGCUUUCCGGAUUAUUACGUCCCCUCGCGAUAUCUACUACUGAUCAUCUGUGGCCAAAGCGCACAGCUUCGUGAAAUGAUGACAACCUAUCUGUAUGGAGUGUCAAAGAAAGAUCACAUCAACUACGGUUCGAUCAUCUCCGUAGAUGAUUUCAAGGAAGACACGUCCGAUAACGAAUCUAAGAACCCAUUUUCCGCUACCAACGAGCCCAAGAAAAUUGUUCUGCCCUGCUUCCGGGAUAUGGCCGAAUACGUCGCGAUGAAGUCCGAUCGAAAGACCGCCACGAUCAUGGAUCGCCCCGGAUACGGAAAGAUCAAACUUCCUUACAACUUUGAUACCUAUAUUGAAGUGUUGGAUUACCUCAGGAUUUGUCUUCUGUUCAACGCUGGAGUGAAUACUCAUCCCAAUGACGACAAAGAACUGAUCAAGUUGACAGGAUUCCUUAAACAUUUCGUUACGGAACCGGGCAACAUAGAUGUCAUUCUCAAAUACAACGAUCUGAUCCGCAGGUUGAUCAUCGUUCGUAAGGGUAUCACUGAAUUGACCUGCCUGUACGACCUUGUGAACGGAAUCCCGGAAGUCCUUGCCUCCGAAAACAAAGACCUUCUCAACACUCUCAGUGCAUCACUGAAGGAAAUCUCCGAGCCCACUCGAGCCCUCAUCGCCAAGGUCUAUGGAGUCUUGUUGGCCUAUAACAGUGACGAACCCGAGCUGGAAACCCAAGUCAAGGAUCUCUUAGCUCUCGCCAACAAAUCUCUCGAAAACCGCCACGGCUCUAUCCUGGCCGCAUCGAACGCCAUCCACCGCAAGCUCCUCCUCACCCCUGCUCUCCAGAACUGGCAAGUCUACAAGGACCUUGUCAAUCUCCUAAUAUCCCUUCUGAACGAUCAACAGUCCCUUCUCCAAUCCGCCUCCAUCAAAAGCCUCAGUCUGAUCGGUUCCACCUCUCAACUUCCUCUCGCGCCAACGCCCCCGGAAAACAAAAUGGACUCGGACACAGAAUCCCCCACCAAAUCCUCCCUGUUCAAAUCCCUUAUGACCCUGCUCCAAAGUGGCCACACCAAAGCCAAGAUCCGCGAGGACAUCGCCCACUGUCUGGGCUACCUCGCCGUAGGCGAUCCGGACUUCUUCGCCAAACGUCUCCUGGAAGGUUUCCUCGGGCUGCUCAAAAUGACCAAGGACCCGGCUCUGCACAUCGCCAUGGGCCAAGCGUUGGUCUACACCCUUCAGGGCCUGUCCAGCGGUGAACGCCAGGCGGACCAGGACUCGCAGGGCAACGUAAGUGACGAGAUGCUCACCUGGUUCCUGAUCGAGCUGGUCCGAAAGGUUAACGAACCGCACGCCUAUCUGAAACAGGCGUGUGCCAUCUGGCUGCUGGCGAUCGUCAAGAACUGCAGCAAGCGCAAACCGAUCGUGGACAACCGGCAGAUUCUGCAGCUGGCGUUGACCGAUUUGCUUUCGGAGGAUAACGAACUGGUUCAGGAUGUGGCGUCCCGUGGGUUGGGCAUUGUGUUCACGUUGUCUAGCAAUGACAGUCAGGAGGAACUGUCCAACUUGCUGCUAGACCAGUUGAUCGGUGGCAGACGGCAAGUGCAAAAGGUGACGGAGGAUACCAAGCUGUUCGAGGAAGGAAUGCUGGGAAAGGCUCCGACGGGCGGUAACCUGACGACCUACAAGGAACUGUGCAGCCUGGCCUCGGACCUGAACCAACCGGAGAUGAUCUACCAGUUUAUGCAACUGGCGAACCACAACGCCACCUGGAACAGCAAACUGGGUGCCGCCUUCGGGCUGCAGUCGAUCUCGAAAACGGCAAAACUGAAGAUGGAACCCUACCUGGGAAAGAUCGUCCCUCGUCUAUUUCGCUACAAGUACGACCCCACGCCCAAGAUCCAGAACUCGAUGAUCAGCAUCUGGGACUCGGUGGUUAGCGAUUCGAAGGCCACGGUCGAGGCGUACUAUUGGGACAUUUUGGACGAUGUGAGCAAGAAUCUGACGUCGCCGGAGUGGAGGACACGAAUUGCUUGUUGUUUGGCCGUGAGAGACCUGAUCAAGCGCAACGCCGGGUUGAAGCUGCGAUCGGAUGAUGCAAAGAAGAAUGGAGGGGAACGGAUGGAGGUGGAUGAUAAGGGCGUACCGGAACCAGAGUUGGCGUUUUUGUGGAGUCAGCUGUUUAGGGUGAUGGAUGAUAUCCACGAAGGAACGAGAAUGGCCGCUGAAGGAACGGCAAGUGCGUUGAGUAAGGUUUGCGUGGUGGCGGCGUCCAGCGAUCAUAGUAAAUCGGGACUGAAUGUGGCCAGCUCGAUCAUUCCGCUGUUUUUGGAGCAAGGAGUGACUCAUACGGUGGCGGAGAUUAGGAAGUUGAGUAUUAAGACUUUGUCGGACUUGAUCGAUUCGGCUGGAUCGUUGAUUCUGCCGCACUUGACCAGCUUGGUUCCGUGUUUGUUGCAAGCUACGGGAGAGCUAGAUUCUGCCAAGUUGUCCUACCUUUCGACGAUGAUGGCUGGACAGUCGGGAACGCAAGAAGUGGUGGAUUCGAUGAGAGCGGAAGCUGCCAAGCAGCACUACACCAUGGAGACGUUGUCGAAGUGCAUCAGGCACAUCGAUUACGAAACUCUGGAGAAGAUGACUCCGGCCGUUUUGGACGUCAUCAAAACUGGUGUCAAUUUGGGAACGAAGGUUGCCUGUGCACACUUUAUCUGCUUGGUAAGCAUUCACCUAGGAUCGCAAAUGCAACCCUUGACCGGGAAGUAUUUGGGGUCGUGUUUCACUGGGCUGUCUGAUCGAAAUGCGACGGUUCGGAAAUAUUUCGCUUCAGCGAUCGGUCACUUGAUCGGCGCGGCCAAAGAACAGUCAAUCAUGCGAUUGUUUGCAAAGCUUCAGGAACUGUACUUUGAACAGCAGUCGAACAGGGCAGUACCUCUGACGAUCCAGGCGAUCAACAAGCGACACCAGGAGGUAUUGAAGGACUACUCUUCAAAUAUUCUACCGUUGAUGUUCUUUGCCAUGCACGAAGAGGUCACCGAAGAUAACAAAGCAACGAUAGAAUUAUGGCAGGAGCUGUGGCACGACAUCAACACCGGAGAUGCUGGAUUGAGGAUGAAUCUGGACGUUAUCCUGCAGAUAUUGGAGAGUAAGUUGAACGAUCCAUCGUGGUUGCUAAAAGCCCAGGCAGGAAACGCCAUCAAUACACUUGCAACGAAACUCAAUACCAAUCUGGAUGAUGCAGUGCGUUUGAAGUUGAUCGAUUUGAUCUUGAUGAAUGUCUCUGGACGGACAUUCAAGGGGAAAGAAAAGCUUCUCCAUGCAUUGGCUAGUUUAUGUAAAAAUCUGAAAAAAGACACGAAUCACUACGUCCAGAUCAUCGACGCCGUUAUGAAAGAAUGUCGCAAAGAGGACCCUGUCUACCGAACGCACGCCUUGAAAGCUUUGGGCAAUAUACUGGACGAGUUGAAGGAGGACCGUUUUGAAGAGGUCUACAACAUGGUCUGGCAUAUUCUGGACAAGCAGGAUCUUUCGGACGGCGACAAAGACGACAAGGACGUUGUGUCGUCCGACGAGAAGAACAAGCAGAUGUUAAUCUUUGUCAAUUUGAAGGAAACGGUUUGCGAAACGCUGGGCAAAGCCUGGCCGGAGCAUUCGAUAGAGACGCAAAAGCGCUACCAGGUGAUGUUCGUCGAGAAGUGCGUUCAAUGUCUGAAGCUGAACACCAGACAGGUGCAGAUGUGCUUGUUGCAAGCGUUGGGCAGGUUCUUGGAGAGGUUACAUCUGUUUAAGACGCAGGGAGGCAAUCAGGUAGAAGAGAAUAGGGAGAAGAAAGCGAAGGUCGAUUCGGAGGGCGGUGAGAUUCUGGAGAACAUCUGCAAGACUGUCUUGUCGGCGAUUGUCGAUGUGGCAGGAAUCCCCCACACCGGACUGAAGAAGGAAGCGCUCAACAUCAUGUUGAUCUUGAUCAACAAGCUCAAAGCGAAGGAACCGACGACGGCGACGGCCGGCACGGAAAUGGCGAUGGUUCGUCAGACUUUCGAGCAGAUUGCGUCCUUGUUGCAGAAGGACGCAGCCCCGGAAGUCAAGUGUAGACUGAAGGAUAUCGAAGAUAAGCUUAAGUAAUUCCUAGUAGGUGCGUUUUGAACGACGACGAUUUGACGUAAGUAUGGCGCAACUCUUUGGUCUGAAUUAUGUAGUAUUCCCCCCAAGUGUGUGUGCUCUCAAUUACUUAACAUUUGCAAAUAAUCGGAUGACCAUUCAUCUCAAUAAAUAUAAUCAAGGAUUGUGAAUUCUAA